AUGGACUUUAAAAAGCUAUAACGAAAAAAAUAGGGUUCCAGGGGAUUUUAGGGUUUCAGAUUAGAGCUUUUUAGCUGUGGCCGCAAUCCUAUUUGAAGCACUUUAGGCCGAUGGAAUAGGGUUUCAAUAGAGUUUUUUUAAGAGAAGGCUUUUAGCCGUGGCUACUGAGCGGUUCUGGAGCAGUGAGAUUUCAAGAUGCAGAUAUUCGUGAAAACUCUGACUGGUAGGACAAUAACCCUAGAGGUAGAGUCCUCUGAUACAAUCGACAAUGUGAAGGCGAAGAUCCAGGAUAAGGAGGGUAUACCUCCUGAUCAGCAGAGGCUAAUCUUUGCUGGAAAGCAGCUGGAGGAUGGAAGAACCCUGGCGGAUUACAAUAUUCAAAAGGAGUCCACUCUUCAUUUGGUCCUUCGCCUGAGGGGAGGUGCGAAGAAGAGAAAGAAGAAGACCUACACCAAACCCAAGAAGAUUAAGCACAAGAAGAAGAAAGUUAAGUUGGCUGUCUUACAGUACUACAAGGUGGAUGACUCUGGCAAGGUGCAGAGACUCAGGAAGGAAUGCCCUAAUCAGGAGUGUGGAGCAGGGACUUUCAUGGCCAAUCACUUCGACAGGCAUUACUGUGGCAAGUGUGGUCUGACUUAUGUCUAUCAGAAAGCGGAGGCUUAAGAUAAUUUUGGGUUUAAUUGGGACUAGAGACGAAUUCGGUUAGCAUUUUUACAUUACAUGUUGGGCUUUUAAAUUGUGGAGAUGGAUAAGAACUUUUUGUAGCGAUGAUUUAGAUUUUAUUAUUGCCUUUGGUAUUUAUCAAUUAUCAUACUGAAUUUAUUAAAAUUUGUCAUUUUACCUUUUAAAUCAAUAGAGCCAACUGUUUUAUGCGA